AGUAUUCUACACGCUGCAUUUCGGCUCGUGGUUUGGCGUGCAGCGAACGUUUUUACGUGCUAUUAUUCCUCUUAUUCAAUUUAUUUUAUUUUUCUGUGAACUAUCUAAUAUUCGCGACUCUAGUUUUCGCUAUUCCUAAUCGAACCCGAUCUGUAAACUACAGUAGUCGAAAUGCUCUUUACAUCGCUGCUAGAAGCCGCCCAAAACUCACCUUUUAAAACCCCUUUUUCAUCAGCAAGCUGUCAAUCCAACACUCGCGCUGAUGGACCACAGAUUACGCCAAAUCGCCAAAUAAUGGCGGCUGCCACUGUUGAGGGCGAUUCCUGCGCGUUCGGUUCCAACACCUAUUUUGCUCUCUGUGGUCUUGGUGGCAUCAUCUCUUGCGGUCUUACCCACACCAUGGUGGUGCCAUUGGAUUUGGUGAAAUGCCGCCUACAAGUCGACCCAGUGAAGUACAAGAGUGUGUUCAACGGUUUUGCCGUUACACUGAAGGAAGAUGGCGUGAAAGGCCUUUCCAAGGGUUGGGCACCGACCUUCUUCGGUUAUUCGAUGCAAGGUCUUUGUAAAUUUGGUCUCUAUGAAGUGUUCAAGGUGUUCUAUUCUGAUGCGAUCGGUGAGGAGAACUCCUAUCUGUAUCGUACUUGGUUGUAUUUGGCAGCUUCAGCAUCGGCUGAGUUCUUUGCCGAUAUUGCUUUGGCUCCCAUGGAGGCGGCUAAAGUGAAAAUUCAAACGACACCCGGAUUUGCCAAUACGUUGCGCGAGGCUUUGCCUAAGAUGUCGGCACAAGAAGGCAUUGCUGCCUUCUAUAAAGGUCUAGUACCAUUAUGGAUGAGACAAAUUCCAUAUACAAUGAUGAAAUUCGCCUGCUUCGAAAGGACGUUGGAACUGUUGUACAAAUAUGUUGUACCCAAACCACGCCAGGACUGUACCAAAGGUGAACAAUUGGUGGUCACCUUCGCCGCUGGUUAUAUUGCUGGUGUGUUCUGUGCUAUUGUGUCGCAUCCAGCCGAUACCGUUGUAUCAAAAUUGAAUCAAGCCAAGGGCGCUUCCGCCUUCGAUGUGGCCAAACAACUGGGCUGGGCCGGUCUCUGGGGCGGUCUAAUGCCCAGGAUUGUGAUGAUCGGUACUUUAACUGCCGCUCAGUGGUUUAUCUAUGAUGCAGUUAAGGUGUACCUCCAUAUGCCAAGACCACCACCACCAGAAAUGCCAGAUUCAUUGAAGGCGAAAUUGGGUGUGGCUUAAUUUGACAUAUAACAUUUUUAAAUUUAUUAGUAAUAAUUAAUUAGCGACAUUGUAAAUUAUGAAAAGGAUCCAAGGAAAAAAAGUUAGUAGUUAAAAAAUUAUACAACUACCGAUAUAAAAGGGAACGAAAUUUUGGUUUUCAUAGAAUGCUGCAAUAAAAUUUAUUGUAUCGAA